AUGGAUGGUUGGCAGAUAUUCUUUUUGUUUUCAAUACCAUGGCUAAUCUUUAAUCCAGUAUACGCUUCAUCUGGGAGCUCUAAAGUAGCUGUUGCAGCAAAUAAUGAACCCGCCGGAAGAAGAAAGCUUGCCACUGGAAACCCAGUCUUUUCUUAUCUUUAUGUCCAAUUUAAAGGCUCCAUAAGCAUCGAUUGCGGGGUGAAUGAUGAUUAUGUGGAUGACAAUGUAGGAUUGCUUUACAAAUCAGAUAGAGAUUUCAUAAGCACCGGGGAAAAUCAUAAUGCAGAACUCGAGUCCACUCAAUUCGAGGUUUUUACAGAACGGCUGUGUAAGAAUUUAAGAAGUUUUCCAACGGGAAGAAAAAAUUGCUACACUCUGCGACCUAAACAGGGAAAAAACCAUAAUUACUUCAUCAAUACUCUCUUUUGUUAUGGAAAUUAUGAUGGAAAGGAUCAGCCUCCAAAGUUUGAUUUGUAUAUAGGGGUUAACUAUUGGAUAACGGUGGAAGGUCUAGCUGAUAAUCUUUGGAUAUCAUACGACUUGUUUCAUUUUUCUUCAACUGAUAUUAUUCAUUUGUGUCUUGUGAACACAAACGUUGGCGUACCUUUCAUUUCAGCAUUGGAAUUACACCCUGUGAAUGAUUCCAUUUAUAGAAGUGAGUUUGGAUCAUUAAAUGUUGCUCUAAGCUAUCAACUGAGCUAUCCUACCGACUUGAAUUUCAGGUACAAGGAUGAUGUCUUUCAGCGCAUCUGGAGAACUUAUGGUUUAGCAAAUACGACUUGGGUCAAUGCCACAUCAGAUAUACAAGUCCAGGAAAUUGAUGAUUCAUAUAAACUACCCAUUGAAGUUUUAAAAACUGCAGCCCAGCCCCAGAAAGGCCUUCACUCAUUGAGAUACAACAUUAGCUUUAUCUGUUCCCCAUCAUGUGAUUUUUAUGUCUACUUUCACUUUGCUGAAAUUGUAGAGAUUCCACAAGAUCAACGAAGAGAAUUCACAAUUACUCUGAAUGAUCUCAACUAUGGACCCAUUAGCCUGGAAUACUUGAAGCCACAGACUAUACCUCUUAAAUCACCAAAUGAAGGAGAGAUUAACUUCACUAUCAAUCCAACAAGCAACUCCGACCUUCCACCCAUUCUCAAUGCCUUUGAGAUUCUCAGUGUAGUUAAGCUUCCUCGUUCUCCAACAGACCAAGUAGAUGUUGAUGCAAUCAUGGCCAUCAUGCAAUCAUACAACAUAAAUGGAGAUGAAUUGCAAGGAGACCCCUGUGUGCCAAGAGAUCUUUCAUGGAAUGGUUUGAAUUGUAGUUAUGACAACAAUCUUCCAAGGAUCAUCUCUCUGGACCUCAGUUCAAGGAAAUUGACUGGGGAGAUAGCUUCGCCACUCUCCGCCCUCAAGGCAAUUCAGUACUUGGAUUUAUCUUACAAUGAAUUGACAGGGCCGGUGCCAGAAUUUUUAGCACAACUGCCAAAUUUAAAAACUCUAAAUUUAAUUGGGAACAAGUUCACUGGAUCCAUUCCACAAUCACUUAUAGCAAAGUCCAAUAAUGGAACAUUGCAGUUAAGCUUCAACAAAAACCCAAAUUUAUGCCAGUCGGAUUCAUGUGAGAAAAAGAAGCAUUUUCUUCUUCCAGUUGUUGCGUCAAUUAUAUCAAUCUUGAUGCUUCUACUCCUAUGCAUGAUAGCUAUCUCUUGGAGAUAUAGAAGACAGAAAGCAAUAGCAGAAACACAAAAAUCAAAGAAUCAGACCUUUAGUUACUCAGAGAUUGUUAGUAUUACUGAUAACUUUAAGACCACCAUUGGAGGAGGGGGCUUUGGAAAAGUUUACUUUGGAACUCUAAAAGAUGGCACUCAGGUUGCAAUUAAGCUGUUAUCCCAAUCAUCAAAGCAAGGCUACAAGGAAUUUCAAGCAGAGGUGCAGCUAUUGAUGAUUGUUCAUCAAAGGAAUUUGGUUUCACUAAUUGGGUAUUGUAAUGAUAGUCAUAAUAUGGCAUUAGUAUAUGAGUACAUGGUUAAUGGAAACUUGCGAGAGCAUUUAUCAGAGGAAAGUGGAAGUAUUCUGACUUGGAAAGAGAGACUUCAAAUUGCAGUAGACGCAGCUCAUGGAUUGGAGUAUCUACAUAAUGGCUGCAAACCACCGAUCAUCCACAGGGAUUUGAAGACUUCCAACAUCUUAUUGAACGAAAAAUUGCAAGGAAAGAUCGCUGAUUUUGGAUUGUCUAGAGCUUUCGCCAACGAAAGUGAUUCGCAUGUAUCAACUUGCCCUGCUGGCACACUUGGUUACGUCGCUCCUGAGGCUCAAACAUCAGGAAACUUUAACCAAAAAAGCGACGUUUAUAGCUUUGGGAUUAUUCUACUUGAGCUCAUAACUGGUCUGCCUGCAGUGAUAAGAAACACCCUUGGAGACUUCAUUUGCAUACGUCAGUGGAUUAGACCUAAAAUUAACAGGGGUGAUAUUGAAACCAUUGUUGAUCCCAGACUGCAAGGGGAAUUCGAUGCCAAUUCAGCUUGGAAAGCUGUGGAGAUUGCCUUUUCCUGUGUAUCAGACGUUGCGAUACAAAGGCCAGACAUGAGUCAUGUACUAGGUGAAUUACAGGAAUGCAUGGCUAUAGCAAUGGCUGUCGAAGAAUCCCAAACAAUGGAAGCCAGGGUUAUAAGAUCAAGCAAUUCACUUCUAAUAAGCCAUUUGAAUAUUGAUACUGAUAUGGCUCCUAGUCCAAGGUAAUUACUAAAGUAUAGAUCUCAUACGUGUUGGCUUGAAAUUUCUAACAUUUUCGUUUAGACAAAAAUUGUUACAUUAAUGUAUUAAGCUGCACCUAUAAUUUGUUUCUGAAGCUUUCUUGGAGAUGUAUAAUUGUCAUUACAAAAUACUAUAAAAAUACUUUGUUUUCCAA